CGAAGUCUGCUCAGCCUGCGCCGCGCCAUCUGCAGGCCACUCACCUUCCUCACCUCUCUUACAGGCUCAAUGCUGAGGUCGAGCGCCCUCGGUCGCUACCUUCUUCUUCUCGCGCUCGUCUCCGCGCUCGUUCCUCUCGCCGCGGCGCACGACUCAAGACCUCAUCAUGCACGCUCGGUAGCUCGCCGCGACGGCAUCACCCUAUUUCCGCCGCCACCUGACACGUCUACGCCUGCCAAUACGAAUACUGAUACCUCACAGUCCACACAGUCCAGCUCAUCUAAUAGUGCGUCGUCGCAAAGCACUCAUUCUUCGACUGCCGGCGCAGACACGAGCAAAUCGAGCAACACAGCCACUACGUCGUCCGGUACAUCUACUACGUCAUCAACAGCAUCAUCCACUCCGCCUCCCUCCUCUCAGAGCACAGGGUCGUCCACCAGCACGUCUACCACCAGCAGCCAGCCCUCGCCAACUCCUCCGCCAAGCUCCACGAGAGCCGAAUCUUCCGUUCUGUCCACUUCAGUUUCGACUAAUUCGCAGGGUGUGGCGGUGACAGUCAUUGAAACAGUUUCGGCGUCAGCCCCGCAAUCGUCGCAGUCAUCCGCUGGUCAGGCCAACAACUCGAACAGCUCGUCAUCUGGUAUCAGCACUGGUGGCAUAAUUGGUCUGUCUGUCGCAGGUGGUGUCCUGCUGCUGAGUGUGAUUGCGUUCGCGGUGUUCAAGUUCAGCCGCAAGCGCUACUUGGACGAAUAUGACGAUGGCGAUGGGAUCAAGUGGCCAGAGCUAAACACGCACGGAGAUAACCCUCAUGCCCUCCCAACCAACCGUACUGGUGGUGCAGGCUUCGAGACAUCAUCCGAAGUGAACCUCACACGGCCCGACUCCCGCGCGGGCAGCAUUGCUCCCUCCGCUGCGGCAUCCGCAGUUGAUCUCUAUCCGGCGCAGCAUGAUCCAUACGCAGUGCCACCGUUACCCCACCUCAAUCCCAAUAUUGUUGGCGUACAACCGUACCGUGAUGAUCCUUCAGCGGGAUACUAUGACCCAUACAGCGGGCCGGUGCCGCAUACACUGGAAGGCGAGGCAAUUCCGAUGACACAGAUCGGGGGCCGAGCACGGAGUCCGAUGCCUGGCGGCCCCGGCAUGGGCAUGGGUGGAAGAGCAUCUCCCGCUCCAGGGUUUGCCCCGCCAAUGGGCAUGGGCGGAAGAGCGUCUCCUGCUCCAGGGCUUGCUCCGCCAAUGAACAUGCAACGUUCCGUCAGUCCUGGCCCAGGGGGCGCGUAUGGUCCGGGUGGUUAUGGUGUAUGAUCUCCGUAGCAGGCAGCACGGUCGAUGGCUGGUCCAUGCGUGUAGGAAGGAUAAUUGUAGGUCUGGCGGCAUGCGCGAGGGCACUCGGAUCGCGGUCGCGGAGGAGCUGUGGAUGAUUGAAGGGAUACAGGAGGAGUGCGCGUCGGAAGGCGGCAGGAGGGCCAAGAGGAACAUCGAUACUGAUACCCGAGAGCGUCGCGUCCCGGGCCCUGCUACAUGGCUGUGUGCCUCAGUCCGUCCGUCCGUUCUCUGUCGUCGUUCACAUAAUGUAUCGCUCAUAUAGGCUACUCCAGUCUUGAUUGUUGCGCGCGCCAUCGCCGCCUCGUCUCCUGUUCACUUCUUCCACCGCUAACCGUGCACCUGGAUUCUUUGUCGAUCGCCUUGGCUCCUUGGCCAUCUUCUCGUUCGUUUCCAGUCGCUCGUUACCUAAAUAUCAUACUCGCUCCUCU